GGGUGUGCUGUAACGUUCCCCAGGGGGAACGGCAUGUGCUGCUUCCCCCGUGCAGGUCCCAGCCCCAUUCCCGCCUGCCCCGGGGGUGCGGUGGUGGCGGGGAACGGCGUGUGCUGCUCCCCGGUGCGGGUCCCAGCCCCGUUCCCGCCUGCCCCGGGGCUGCGGAGCCCCCGCCCGCUGGCCCAGCGCUCUCCCGCCGCCGCUUCCCCGUUGGCCCCGCAGCGGCAGAGCCUGUCCCGCCCUGGGGUCCCCGAUCUCCUCCCGGUGCGGCGGAACCGUGGGCGCGAACGGGGAGAACCGGGAGGGGCGGGGCUUGGCUGGCCCCGCCAACGCCCCCAGCGCCCCGCCUUUUCGAGGCGUGGCUUCUCUGCCCCGCCAAUCAGAGGCCGUAUCGCUUCGCUCUCCCCGAUUGGCGGGGAGCUGGCGGCGCGCCGGAAUUGCGUCACGGCACCGGAGCGGAGCGGGGAGAGCGGAGGAUGAGCAAAGGCCGCGAAGGGCCCGCGGCGGGCGGAGCCGCCGCGGUGACCGGCGGGGCCCGUCCCGCAGGAGCCGCCGCGGUCCUGUUCCAGUACCUGCGGGAGCAGAACCGGCCCUACAGCGCCCAGGACGCCUUCGGGAACCUGCAGCGGGAGCACGGGCUGGGCAAGGCGGCCGUGGUGAAGGCGCUGGAGCAGCUGGCGCAGCAGGGCCGCGUCCGGGAGAAAACCUACGGGAAGCAGAAGAUCUACUUCGCCGACCAGGAGCAGCUCCCGGCCGCCAGCGAUGCGGAGCUCCGCGCGCUGGAUGAGGCGAUCGCCGCGCUCUCCGCCAAGGUGCAGGCGGCGCAGCAGAGCUGCCGGCACAUGGAGGCGGAGCUGAAGGAGCUGAACGGCUCCAUGACAACCCCUGAGGUGGCCAGAGAGAUCGAGGAGCUGAGGAAGGACUGUGCGAACUACAUGGAGAAACUGGAGAGGAUUAAAUCUGCCACCAACCACGUGACGCCGGAAGAAAAAGAGAAGGUCUGCAGCGAGCAGAAGCUGUACUGCAAGGAGUGGCGGAGGAGGAAGCGAAUGGCGACCGAGCUGCUGGACGCCAUCCUGGAGGGGUACCCCAAAAGCAAAAAGCAAUUCUUUGUAAGUACCGGGGCGGUGGCGGCGCUGCCGGGCCGGGCCAGCGCCCUGAGAGCCGCUCUGUGCUCGCCGCGCAGGAGGAGGUCGGGAUCGAGACGGACGAGGAGCACAACGUCGCGCUGCCCGCGGCUGUGUGAGGCGCCCGGGGGGUCCUUGCCCCACGGAGACGCCGCUGAUGCUGAAACUCAGCUCUUGGGAUGUAUUUUCCCUCUUUUUUUCAGGGCUUGGGCUGGUCCCGUGUAUUUAUAUGGGUUUGGUUUAAAAUGCUUUGCAGUUGGGGUGAGUAAAACCCAACACUGAGCCCUCUCGCUGGCACAAGGAACGUUAUAUUUUCCUGCCCUUCCGCGCAGUUUGCUGCGGAGGUCGCCUGUCCUUGGGGGAGGUGUAAGUGCACUGGGGUAAAGUUCCUGGUGUUCCAAGCAAGAAAAUGAAGUGAUUGCCUCAGCGAGUGGAGUAAACUUGUGCGUGUUCCUGCUGCAGAGCUCUGCCUCUGCUCCAGCUGCUUCCCCCGGGGCGACAGAGCGAUACAGGAGAACGUGCUCCAUUAAACAGCGCGGUUUGGUUCA